AUGGACCUACAACCUAGUUACAAUGUGACAUCGGUGACAGAGUUCAUCUUGCUGGGGCUGACAGAGAGGUGGGAACUGCAGCCAGUCCUUUUUGCCAUCUUUCUCUUGGCCUAUGCAGCCACAGUCGGUGGCAACAUGGGCAUCUUGGCUGCCAUUUUGGUGGAGCCCAAGCUACAUACACCCAUGUACUUCUUCCUGGGGAAUCUGUCGCUGUUAGAUAUCGGGUGUGUCAGUGUCACGGUGCCCCCAAUGCUGGUGCGACUACUAUCCCAGGAGCAGGCUGUCCCCUUUGCCGCCUGCCUCUCCCAACUCUUCUUCUUUCACCUGCUCGCGGGAGUUGACUGCUUCCUACUGACCGCCAUGGCCUACGACCGCUUCCUAGCCAUCUGCCGCCCUCUCACCUAUACAACUCGCAUGGGCCGAGGAGUCCAGGGAGCACUUGUGGCUGCAUCUUGGGCCUGCUCGCUUGGAAACGCGUUGACCCAUACGGUGGCACUAUCUACGCUGGACUUCUGCGGCCCCAAUGUGGUGAACCACUUCUACUGCGACCUCCCCCCUCUCUUUCACCUGGCCUGCUCCAGCACUCGCCUCAAUGAGCUGCUGCUCUUCGCUCUGGGCGUCAUCAUGGCCGGAGCCCCCACGGUCCUCAUCGUCACUUCCUACCUGCAUGUGGCAGCUGCCGUGCUGAGGAUCCGCUCGGCAGAGGGCCGCAAAAAGGCCUUCUCCACCUGCAGCUCCCACCUGGCUGUUGUGGGCAUCUUCUAUGGGGCUGGCAUCUUUAGCUACAUGCGCCUAGGUUCUGUUGAGGCUUCAGACCAGAGCAAAGGGGUUGGAAUCCUCAACACUGUCCUCAGUCCCAUGCUCAACCCACUCAUUUACAGCCUCCGGAACCCAGAUGUGCAGGGAGCCCUGCGCCGGGUUUUCACAGGCCGGAGAGUCUCAGCAUGAGAUGACCAGUGGUCCAGGCCCUUGCCUCCAGGAUUACUAAGGUCUUUCCAAGAUCCUCAGUGGUCUCUCAGCUCUCUCCAUAACAACAGGGGGCCAUCUGUUGCCCCUCAGCCCCCAGCAACCUAGGCUGCUAGCCCAAGUCUUUAGAGGGAAGCAGGAGUCUCCUGAGUCUUUUUGUAGCCCGAACAUUAUAGGAAUGAGUAGUGUUC